UCAAAAUAGUCUGUAUUAUAUAAAAUUUGGCGCUAUUAAAAAACAAAAUAUUUAACAAUUCGAAGAUGGAUAGCGAAGAUUUAUUUGAUCGUCAAGAAAGUGAAGAAUUUAAUAUAGAUGAACAUUUAGGUCAUGACAAACAGGAAAAUGUAGAACAAGGUGAUCAAAAAUUAGAUGAUAAUUUAAUAGACCAAAGUAAAAAUAAUACGGAUGGGUUAAUGGAAGACACUGAAAACAUUGAAGAUGCUUUGAAUGAAGAAAGUGCUGACCCAACAGAUAAACAAAGCGUUCACGAACCGAAACUGAUUCAAUUACCAUUGUCUAAAAUUCGAGCGUUAAUGAAAUUAGAUCCAGAUCUUCAUUUAGCAUCUUCGGAAGCUGUGUUCUCUGUAGCUAAAGCAACAGAGUUAUUUAUAGAAAGUUUAGCGAAGGAAGCUUAUUCCUUUACUGCACAAAGUAAAAAGAAAACCGUCCAGAAAAAAGAUGUGGACUUAGCUAUAUCAUCGAUAGAUAGUUUAAUGUUUUUAGAAGGUUCAAUGAAUUUUUAAAAUUUGCAUUUUUCUAGGGGAUAAAUAA